AUGGCGGCGAAAUCGUGCAAGAAGUUGAAGCAGAAAACGCUUCAAAUGCACCUCACCUCGGCCACCAUGCUGGAUAUGGCGGGACAAGAUGGCGCCGACGGCCCGAGCUCACCAACCUCCGUUUCGGAAGUAAGUGACCCUGCUCACAGCAUGGCUGACUACUCUGCCCCAGUUACAACUGCCACUCUCAAAUCCUUACUUGCAGACCUCAAAUCCACAUUCCACACAGACCUCAUGCAAAUAGCAUCAGACAUCAGGUCAGACAUUCAACAAGUGGGAGACAGGACUGCAAAGUUAGAAGAAAGGGCAGACGAAAUAACAGACGCCCAUAACUCUCUGGCAGACGCUUAUACUGAACUACAAGACAAGCUUAAAAGGCUAGAAGACAAAGUGGCCGACCAUGAAGAUAGAGAUCGGCGUAAUAACAUCAGGCUGAGGGGGAUUCCAGAAUCAGUAACACCGCAAGAGCUGCAAUCCUACGUACAAGGACAUCUUUAAAGAAUAUGUGCCAGAAUUAACGGAAGGAGAGCUCUUACUCGAUCGGACCCACAGGUUGCCCAAACCAAAACAUCUGGGCCCACAAACCCCCAGAGAUGUAAUCACGAAGAUACACUACUUUACUACUAAAGAAAGAGUCAUGCACGCAGCGCGACGAAACCCUCCCCCACCGGGGCGAUUUAACCAAAUUAAGUUAUUUAUUGAUCUAUCUGCAUCGACGAUGAUGAAAAGGAAAGCCUUUGCCCCCAUCACUGCAGCACUACGAGAGGCAAAUAUUCAGUACAAGUGGGGCUUCCCAACCAGACUCUUAAUCAAACGCAAUGGGACAGAUUCCAGUAUUGCAUCUCCCGAAGAAGGAAGGAAGAUACUGCGGGCCUGGGACAUUCCUCUCACUACCACGACGACUCCCGCACUACAACACACCAAAUCACCAGUGAAACUGAAUAGAGUUUGGACUCAAGUGCCACGCGGCCGGUCACAGGAACCUACAUGA